CAAAUUCAAUGCAAAUUUUGCAUCCUCACUCCUCACCGCCACCGCUAUCAACCUCCUCCGUCACCGGCGACCGCCUCUUUUUUCUUUUUUAACCCCUUCUGGAGGGGUAACAGUUAAAAUAUCGGUAUAUGGGAUGGAGGCUGCUAACAACAAUAUAAUUGCCCCGUUUGUUAUGAAGACGUAUCAAAUGGUGAACGAUCCUUCCACUGAUGGACUUAUUGCCUGGGGUAAAGCUAACAAUAGUUUCAUUGUUAUCGACCCUUUGGACUUCUCUCAAAAAAUUCUUCCUGCUUACUUCAAGCACAACAAUUUCUCCAGCUUUGUUCGUCAGCUCAAUACUUAUGGUUUCAGAAAAGUGGAUCCAGAUAGAUGGGCUUUCGCCAAUGAAUGGUUUUUGAGAGGGCAAACGCAUUUGCUCAAGAAUAUUUCUAGGAGGAAGCACUGUAGUAGAAACUCAAGUAACAGUAGAGCUGAAGAUGAUGAAGAUGAUGAGGGAAUAAUAAUGGAGUUAGCUAGGUUAAAGCAAGAGCAAAAGGAAUUAGAUCUACAGCUCUCAAGGAUGAACAAGAGACUUGAAGCAACCGAGAGGAGACCCCAACAAAUGAUGGCUUUCUUGAGUAAAGUUGCUCAAGACCCUGAAAUAUUACCCCGUAUGAUGCUUGAAAAAGAAAGAACUAAAAGGUUAAAUAUUGCUAGUGGGGAUAAAAAGAGAAGGAUAAUGAUGAUUUCCUCAACUUCGCCUUCGGCUUCUGUUUCUUCUCCUCCCUCCUCAUCAGGAAUGCCUUUGACAAGCUCUUCAGUAAAGAGCGAGGAGGAAGAGGAUGAUGCCAAUCUCGACGUUGAUAAAUAUUGUCACUUUUCCUCUUCGCCGGAGACACCUUCCUCUGCAUGGUUCAGCCAAAGACAAGUCCUGGGUCGGUCCGUGAUUGCCCAAGAAUCUAGUAACAGUGGCGGCAAUAUUUCAAGCUCUCUGUCAUCGGGUUCCUCCGCCGGUAGUAGUGGUUCUACUGUUGCUCCGCCAUUGGAUGGUGUUCCGGUAUGUGAUGCUACGUUUGGUGGUGAUAUAAGUUAUGUAGGACGAGCUGCGGCGGUCGGGGAGGCUGUUAGUCCACAACCGCCUUAUCCAUUCUCACUUUUAGGAGGCGGUUUCUAGUUAAACACUUUCAUAGAUUUUAAGGGUUUUUUUUUUUUUGGUGGUAAAAUUACUAUUAUCGAGCUAUUUUGAUAAUGUAAUUCUUCAAACAUGUGCCUUACAUCAGAGCCUUAUAGGA